UCACCUAAAAUCAAGUCGCAGAAUUUUGAUCUCAAUCACCGCCCUUUAGGCCGGGAAAAUGGCAAUACUGACACAGAGGUGCCAUCAUGUAACAGACUUGAUACUGACCAAUCAGAGUCGUUAUUUACCAAACAAUAUUUUCCAGCAACAUCUAAAUCUACCACUCAAAAUGAGAGCAGAUUAAUCAGAUGCAGUCGAUCAAUCAGCUCAUCGUUGGAAAAUGUAUUUUUUCGCUUUGGAAAAGCGGUGGCCACGCAUCCAUGUUUAACCAUAUUGCUCUGCCUAGCAUUUACAGGCGUUUGCUGCAUUGGACUGCAAAAAAUUACACUUGAAGAACGGCCCUUCAAGCUGUGGAUUCCUCAAGACUCCGACUUCAUCAAGAUUGCCGAGUGGCAGCAGGCAAAUUUCCCCAAUAAAUACAGAAUCCACUCAUCUCUUUAUGAGGCAGAUAACGUUCUGACCCCUGAAGUUCUUCUUGACUUACUAUUAAUGCACGAAACUGUUAGCUCAACGGUGGCUUUGGUGCCUGAUAAUGAAAAUUCUGUAAGCCCAACUGCACUCAAUAACAGCGAUGUAAGAAAUUCUUCUGUGAAGGAAGCCACGAAUGUAAGGCUGGUCACGUGGCAAGAUGUUUGCACGAAGCUGCCAACCAUCAUGAGCUCUCCUUUAUUUAGGAGGAAGAAAAGGAGUGCUACCAAUAAUUCACUCAAUGCCCUUACCAUGAGGGAGAGCGAUGAUGUCUUCCUUGUUCAUAGAGAUUCGCUUCAGGAUCCUGUGGAUUUGAGUUUUCACGGCCCCGAUGCUUUUAGCUUUGGCAUUGAAGAAUUUUCAUCUAUUUAUCAUUCUCUGGCGAGUGUUUUUGUUAAGGAGAGCUGUGAAAAAGAUCCUGAGGAGAAUAGAAUCAAGAGACAAGCUGAUUUUGACUGGAGCAGCUACCUGCCUCGCGAUGCCUACUGCGCCCUGAUGGAGCAACUGGACACUGAGUGUUUUGAGCGCAGCAUCUUGGAGAUCUGGGGCUAUGACCGCGACACUAUUGAGUCCCUCACCCAAAAAGACAUCAUAGACGCCCUAAACUCAACUGAGACGAGUGCAGUGUAUGGAGUGUCAACAAACUACGCCAGGUAUCUUGGAGGCGUGACCAGGGAUGAGUCCGGCAAGAUUGUUGGUGCCAGGGCCAUGACACAAACGUGGCUGUCCCGCAUCAACUCGGAGAGGAUAGUUCCAGGAAAGUACAUUGACGAUUACGGUACCGGAACCGAGAUGGAUGUGGAUACUUUCCACUGGGAAGAAGCAUUUGAAAAAAACCUCCUCAACGCAUCUCUGUACACUACCUCAGCAUUCUACUUUAUGUCAGCUGGAAGCUUCAAUAAAAUGAGUCGCGAUGCACUCGAAAGUGAUCUCGGUUACGUCAUUCCGGGUUAUGUGAUCGUCUUCUUCUACAUCCAAAUCAUGCUGGGCAAGUUCAACGGCCUCGAAACGAGACCGUAUCUGUCUAUACUCGGGAUCACUGCAGUGCUGCUGUCCCUUGUGGUGUGCUACGGCUUAGCUUCUGCUCUUGGGCUCAUUUUUAGCCCGGUCAACAAUAUCCUACCGUUCCUAUUACUUGGGUUAGGCAUAGACGACAUGUUUGUUAUAAUGCAAUCCUGGAACAACCUCAGUGAGGAAGAGAAGCGACAUCCCCUCAAUGUACGUAUCGGAUAUGCCAUGAAACAUGCUGGGGCUUCCAUAACAGUUACCUCCGCCACCGACAUUGUGGCUUUUGCCAUCGGAAGCACCACAGCGCUGCCUGCUUUAAGAUCUUUCUGUGUGUACGCCGCCAUUGGUAUAGCCGCUGUGUUCUUCUUCCAGGCAACAUACUUUGUUGCUUGGUUUACAUUUGACCAACGCAGGAUCGAGAGUCGCAGGCACGGUAUUAUCUGCUGUUACAAAGUCAGCGACUCGUAUAAAGUCAACCAAUGCAGUCAACGUGACUUGUGCCAGACAUUCUUCGGGGGAGUUUAUUCUCGAGUCCUCCUGCACAAAGUGUCCAAAGCCAUCAUUCUGCUGGGCACCGCUCUCCUUUUCUGCGCCUCUUGCUGGGGAUUUUCUAACCUAAAGCAAGAAUUUAACCCUGUGUGGUUCCUCCCCCAGAACUCAUAUUUUUACAAGUACAUCAUGAAAAGCACCGAGUAUUUUCCGUGGGCUGGAAUAGAUGGAGAAUUUUACCUAGGCAACAUCAGCCUGCAUGAGCAGCUGCCGGAAGUCGAAGACUUCGUUAAGACCCUAGAGCAGAACCAGUACAUUGGUUUCAUUGACUCCUGGUACUCCAGUUUUAAAAGGUACUACGAGGCCCAGGGGUACACGGUCCCCGACCCUGAGGGUCAGUCGUACGAUGCUUUCCAGGAGGACCUGAGCACCUUCCUCUUCUCGCCGUUAGGAGCGAAGUACCGCGACAGGAACUUUGUGUUCGACGGAGACCUGGUCUGCGGCAGCCCGGCGCCUCCCGUCACCGCAUCCAGCUUCUUCUUCAGGUACCGCAUACUCAACACGACGCAGGAGGAGCGCGCGGCGAUGAAAUCGCUUAAGGUGGCAGCGCAUGAGAGUAGUUUGCGAGGCGUAGUCGCCCCCAUCUCGCCCACGCACAUUGGCUGGGAGAUCGACGAGAUCGUCGAGCAGGAGCUCUACCAGAACUUGGGGCUUGCGCUCCUCGCCGUCUUUCUCGUGACACUUGCGCUCAUCGCUUCCUUUGUCCAGAGCCUGCUGGUGCUGCUGUGUGUAGUCAUGACACUCGUAGACGUGUUUGCCCUCAUGCACUGGUGGGGCCUCACCAUCGACAAUGCCUCCAGCAUCGACAUGGUGAUAGCCAUCGGCCUCUGCGUGGACUACGCUGCGCAUUUGGGUCACGUGUUCAUGACCUGCCAGGGCACCCGCGACGCCCGCGUGCGGGAGACGCUCGCACGCAUCGGCCCCGCGGUUUUAAAUGGCGGGUUCAGCACCUUAUUGGCCUUCUGCUUCUUGGCAAUCUCCGACUCCCACGUCUUCAAAACAUUUUUUAAGGUGUUCUUCGGCGUGUGUCUUUACGGGCUCUUCCACGGGCUGGUGUUCCUACCUGUGUUGCUGUCCCCGAUUGGACCGAAGCCUUACGUUCAUCGACCAAUCACAGGGCGACACGCCAACGAUACACCAAUGGCUGACCUCAGAAGAGGCUGAGCAAAAAUUAUUGAGAGGUUUUGAGAGUAGGCAUAUCGGAGACAUAGAGCGCCUAAACCCGUGAUAUACGUUUGACUCUAAUACAAAGCGUAAGCAUGAAAAAUUACCGUACACUCCCCGCGCAUGACAAGACCAUUAGGCCGGUUGGAUGUGUACCAAAUCCAAUCAUGUACCUGGAACCAAUGACAUAAUCUACAUAGAUGUUGUUGACAAUUAUGAUGAUUACCAACCAUGACUAAUUUCCUACCAAAUAAUUAGCCGUUCUAGGGUAGUUUGCGUGCUAAGUUGGUGAUUCAUGAUUAAUUGGUAGCGGUUAAAAAAAUUGCUCAAACGUUUGGACUGCUUUGAAAGUCAACCAUAUUUCACCAAGGUGGAGGUGCAGAUGCAGAUUUCUUUGCGAAUUGUUCAUUGCGAAUAAAUUGCAUUAUAAUCGUAAUAAAGUUCAAACAUACAGUGACUCGUGACAUCUUCCAUCACAUUAUGCCUGGUAAUGAAGUAACCCUUUCCUUACCACACCAUGCAGAUACGUAGGGAAAUAUUGAGAGAGCCUCCACGGAAAUCCGUUGCAGGUGCUGCCAAACUCUUGAGUGUGGCGUUAUCCUCUUUCAUCAUUGUUUUCUAUUAUCUUAAUCGUUGUGCUCUCUAUUGAAAGUUUUCUUGCCACGUCAGUUACCUAAGAUUUACUAGUUAUAAAUUUCUGCUCUGUAAGAACAUUUUGCGGACAUAUGUUAUGCCUGCGUGCUACGAGAAACUUAGAAUUCGUCGUUUCUCGUCGCCGUUGUUGUAAUUAAUCGUGGAUCACGUAAAUCCCUUGAGCCAUGAAUAGAUUUUCAAAAUGUUCAACACUUGCCCGCUAGCUUUCGCACAUUCAACACCUGCACACUAGCCACCACACAUUCAACACUUGCUCACUAGCCUCCACACAUUCAAAACUUGCACAUUAGCCUCCACACACUCAACACUUGGUCACUAGUUUCAACACCAGGAUGCAUAAAUCAAAAAUAAAACGCA